AUGGAGAAACACCAUGAGGCUCAGGGCCAGCCUCAUGUGUCUCACGCGAGUGACUCGGUGCCGACCUGGCUGAUGGCCAUUGCUGGAGUUCUACCAGCUACCAGCUACCACCAAAGGAGCAUCCAGCUCUGUUUUGUGACUCCGGUAGCUGCUUCAGGGUGGGGGGUUCAGACCUUGUGCUGGCUAACAUCAAGUUAUGUUUUCUCCUUCCUCCUGCAGAUCUUCUCCAUUGUGGUGUUUGGCUCCAUCGUGAACGAGUGCUACGUGAACAAGGGCAGUGAUGACCCUGAGUUGCUCUGUAUCUUCAAUGAGAAUGAGAGUGCCUGCAGCUACGGCAUUGCCAUUGGCAUCAUUGCCUUCUUUGGCUGUAUCUUCUUCUUUGUCGUGGACCUCUACUUCCAGCAGAUCAGCAGUGUGAAGGACCGCAAACGGGCCGUCCUGCUGGACCUCGGCUUUUCAGGUUUCUUGUCCUUCCUGUGGUUUGUAGCCUUCUGCUUCCUAGCAAACCAGUGGCAACGGACGAAGAUGAGCAAAGGUGUUUCGCAAGGAGCAGACGCUGCCCGGGCAGCAAUCACCUUUUCUUUCUUCUCCAUCAUUGUCUGGGUCGUGCUGGCAGUGAAGGCGCUGCAGAGAUACCGCCUGGGGACAGACAUGUCGCUCUUUGCCACCGACCAGUUCGCUGCCGACCCCAGCGCGGCGUAUCCCGGCUACCCCACCGGCAGCGGCAUCGAGAGCACAGAGACCUACCAGAGCCCCCCCUUCACCGAGACCUUAGACACCAACCCGAAAGGUUACCAAGUGCCAGCGUACUGAGGGGCGUGGGCCACGUACCGAGAGACCGAGUCCUGCGGUGCAGUACACUUAACCGGUUGAUUGCAAAUGUAUUCAGUCCCAUUUCCUUAAUGUGGCAAGUCAGUGCUGGGUUCCUUACUAUUAGCUAGUUGUGCAGUGAAUUCUGUACAGUGGUAUUGGUUCUUGUCUUACCUGUCCAAGGGUUUUAUAAAAGCAGUGUUCCCUCUAAGUCAGAAGGAAGGAAGGUUGCUACCACAUCACCUACACGUGGCGAAAGAUGAUAAAAUGCCCUCUCUGAGGCUUGACACCGGGCAGUAGGUGUUGGGCUCUGCUGAGCACCUGGGAAAGCCCAGAACAACUUUUCCUGUUAGAAAACACAGUAGCUGAGGAGUUGCUGUUUAUCACGUUCUUCCAGAGCUAACACAGAAUCAGGUCUCGUGGUGGCGAGGGUGGGUGGGCAGUGCUGGGGCCAUCGGACCCGUGCUGCUCCCGCUGCAGAGCUUUCCUGUACAUGUUCCAUGGAAAGUGCCAAAUUCACAAAGAAAUAAGUGGUGUCUGUGUUACAUUUAUUUGUAUAUAUUUACUGUACAAAAAAAAGAAAAACAAAAAUCCAGACAAGUGUUUCCAACGUAGCUUAGGAUGCAAGCGGCAUGGGGUCAUAGGGGUUGGGGUUAUGUUGAAUAUCCAAAUUGCUUCAUCGCUUCAGCAGGGUUCUGGUUGAGGAUGUCAAAAGUUACUGUUUGAAACUGGAAACCAGUUCAGCAAUAGUUGGCUGCUAAUUAGGAAUAGCCUUUCAUCAGCAGAAAAUGCUGCGCGUUGCAGUUCCACUUCUUCACCAAGGGGCUGGGAAAGUUUGCAAAUUUACAAAUGAUUUGUGGUUGGCAACGCUGACGACUUACUCAUGCUCAAACCCAGAGCUGCCAAAACAAAAGGGGUGGGUGUCUCCAACUCAAAGUCCAAGCCAAUUAGGAGUGGCAUUGAACUUGUAUUUUUAUACUGGGAGCAGCCGCCAUCUGUCAUCAGCUGCAGCAGAACCUCAGGUGUGAACGUACUUUUUACCCCGCGGUCUCUAGAACUGAGAAUUCAGAUGGUGAAUUGGAAAGACUUUACAGGCCAUUGAAGCCCCUCACGUGGGGACUCAUGGCCCUGGGUUUGGAAAUAGCAGGAGAAGAGAGUGAAUGAAAAGCGCCCAGGAAAGGGGCUCACUUUUGAUUUUCAGCUGCAGAAUUCCUGCCUUGUCAAAAACAACUAAAUGUGCAAAAUCCAGUAGAUCCUUGUCAGCAACCUGCCUGCUUUCCCCGCCUGUCUGCCUGCGCAGUGGCUGUGAGCCGAGCUAUUUGUCACUAAGGACUAAGCAGAGGAGCUAAAACUUGAAUUUCCGUCCACCUCGGUGGAGCUCCGUCCUUAGAAGCCCCCGGUUUUCCCGGCUCCCGGCGAGCUGGGCUUUCACCUUGCCAGCUUACGCUGGCAAACGCUGCAUGCUGCCUUCUGACCUCGUGACAAGCAAUAGUUACCGGACUGCCCCGGCUCUCCUUGUAGCAAAAACAUCCAGCAGUUUUCUGUCAUCGUUAACACAGCUCAUUUCUGCUGCUGAAUUGCAGAUAAAUGCAUUAAUUAAUAAGCAGCAAAUCUCAUCAGGAGCAGUCAUUAUCAGUGACAAAGUGCAUUACUUGACUCCCCUUCUAUUCAGGCCGGGUUAAAUGUGUGUUUGCAGCAAAGGUGCUGGCACUGAGCUCCUCCUGCUCGAGCUGUGCCGGGAAUUUUCAGGCAGCAUUUCCCAAUUUGGCCACUUCUCCCGCCCUGCUGCAGCCUCCCCACACGACGUGGCCGCAUGCGGUGCCACUGUGGGCUGUCCCCUCAGGUGUGUCUCCCUCGGGGCACCUGCACACCCGCUUUGAGGUUCAAACACUUGCGGGGAACGGAGUGCUCAGCCCCAACGCCCGUGGUGAGGGAGGCAGGAGCAGGGCCAGGAGGAUGCUGCGCUGCUCUAUCAGAGGUGUCACUUGCUUGGCUAAUGCAAGGAGCAAGGAAGAGGUGGCCCAGGGGCAUCUGCUGGUGGCUCGUGCCAGCAGGGCUUGCUGAGCAGCGAGUCAUCCUUGCAUUAAGCAGGCCAGGGACACCCAAACCCCAGUAUGGUAUAAGCCUAACUUAAUUAGGGGACCCUUGCGAUUUUUCUAGAGUCUUGCUGGGUUAAAAAUAAAAAAAAAAAGCAAAGGAUUUUAAUACAGGAUACGGUAGAACUGUAGCAAUAUUUUCCUUAGAGGGAACACUGAAAUUUUAGCAGCACAAACAGUACUUGUGUUAAUAUUUUAGCAAAAUUAUAAUCAAUUUAAAUGUUUAAAUUGAUUGUAUGUGAGAUAAUGUUUGUUCAGUACAUUGUAUUUUUUCUAACUAUAUAACUGUUCCAGAGUUUCCUUGUAACCGUAAAGAACUAAAGCUCUGUCUGACUGCGGGACGUGUCCUGACCCCUGGUGUAACCAUGCUGAAUAUUACAACAUCUGAAUGUACGCACCAAGGCCUGCAUUGCCUUUCUUUCCUCCCCGCCCUCCCACCCGCCAGUGGUGGGAUGCAGAGGGGAUGCACACCCCACUCACACCCCACUCACUCACUCCCCACUCACGCUCUCACCCCCGGACUGACCUUCAGACCAGCAACGGUGAAACAGGGACGACUUCAGCACGACUCCAGUCCCCGGCCGAGGCACCGUUGUUCUUCUUGAGGUCAGCAGCUUCUUCCAGCUCCCCAAAAGUCAGUCUUAACCAUUAACUUGCAGUUGGCACGGUGAGCAUGCGAGGACCUGGCUGCCUUUUGCUGGGCAGGAGAGGAGGAGGAGGAAGGGGCUUGGGUGCCCAAGAGGCUUCCUGGCAGCAGGAAGGCAGAACAGCUGCUCCUUGAUUAAACCAGAGCCAGGAAUAACGUGUCCAGCCACAACAGGCACCUCAAGGAGGCUUAACCCUGCUCCUGCUGCCACCGACAAGGUCAGUCCCCAUAGGCAAGAGUGAGGACGUCCCCGUGGGGCAGCACGGGGGUCGGGUCGCAGCUGGCACUGCAGGCAGGGACAGGCAGCACAUACAAGCAGGCAGCCCCCAACUGGUGGAUUUUUCUCCGGGCACUAGUGGUGGGUUUAUGCACGUAGUCGCCUUGCCGAGGCUGCAUCAGCCAGGGAGGACAGGACAAGCCGUAAUUAACGUGGUACCAUGACACCUCACUCCUUAGAAAGAGUGCCCACCUUGACAAAAAACAUUUUCUGGUUUGUCGGCGAGGCCGUUGCCAAAGGCCCACGUAGCUCCCCAGCCCCACAGCAGCACCCACCGAGGCCCUGCUGAAUGAAAAACGUGCUCAGAGGCAGGGCGAGAUGCCGGCCCCAUGCCUGCCCCGUGCCCAGACUCCUCUUUGCAAGCCCCCGCAGCGUCCCCGCUAGCCGCUCGGUGUCCGCAGUGCCGUGACUGUUGUAUCACAUCGGCGUGUCCGUGACUCGUCAGGCAGACUAGUGUGUGCAGGUGUGGGCUGUAACCACGUGUAACCUUACGGGCUUAUGGUUAGAGAAUUAGCUCCGUCGGUGUAAUAACUAGUUUAUUAUUUGGGGUUCAAGUAUGCGUAACAUCAGCCUUCAUACUUCUUUCUCCCACUUUUUUCCUCCUGGUCCGUUCGGUACAGUAGCACUCGCAGCUUUUCCUUGUGCCCAAACGUCCCAAACAGGUGCCAGGGUCAUGCUGUGGCCCCCCCCAAUUCCUCCCAAGCUGUUUGUAGAGCUCCUGUUCUCCCCCCAGAGCUCAGAAGCCCAGCGGCGAGCUCGAGGGCAGGAUUGUGCUGCUCCCAGGUAGCACGCCACAAGCUUCUGCGUAGUGUUAGCACGGAAAUUGGGCACAAAGAAUAGAAUUCACACAAUCCUGUACCUUUCCUGGAGGCGUUUUCUGCCAAAUCACCUUGCUCCAGGAGGUUCAGUUGUGACAACACAGACACGUCUCAGCACUGAAGUUAACCGCAUUAUGAGUUCUGUGUAUUUAUUUUAAGCAUAUUAAAAGAUUUCAAAGAAUUGGCAUCUUUUUCCCAACAUUUUAAGCUAUUAGCGAGGUGGAAGUUUUGCUUAACUGAGACUUAGUAAACAGUCUCCCUCUGUUAACACGCUUCUGUAGCCCCCACAGCUUGAGCACCAUCCCCCCCCCCACGCCAAGCAAAAUCACAUCUACAUGCAGUUGGGAUGUCACUGGCUGUUCUGCCUGACAUGUAGGACAUUUCCCCUUAGUUCAUGCUACAACAGCCGGUGACAACCGUAGCUUUUUCUUUUCAAUUUCUGUCGACCUGCAGCUCCUUCCAGGGGCAAUUCCUACCCCUCUCUUCUCUCCCACCUCCCCCAAAUAAGGGCACAGAGCUGGCUCUGCCUUUGCUCUGCCCGCCACAGCCAGGUCACUUCAAAUGAAUCCAACUGUGGUCACUGGCUGCUCAUGAGUAAGUCCCACCCUCCCUUUCAUGUAAUUAGUAUUUCCCUUGAUAAAAGCUACUGUAUAUAUAAAUUUGCAGACUUCCCUUCAGCCUUUGUUUUCCCAAAAUGCGUCAGGGGACCAGAGGGGGCUGGUUCCACCCUGGCCAGGAGCCCCUCUCCCACCCACCCCCAAGGCUCAGAAACAGCCUUUGCUGUAUUGACUUGAAACCCCUGUUCAGCUGCCUGGAUUUUGUUGCAAUACGCAUUUAAACCUCAGAUUCUUUAAGAGUUUUAAUAUCAAACUGAUACCAAAUGUGGUUUGCAAAGGGAAGUUUUUUUUGCAGAUACCUCUGUAUAAGCAGACCGCUUCAAAGAGUUGCAGUUGUCACUAACCUUAUGUGCAUUGUGGUAAAAGUGGGCUGUGUACGGAAAUAUGUUAAAAAUGUUUACAACUUUUGUAUAUAUUAUAUAUAUAUAAAAAAAUCUUUUGAGAGAACAAUCUGUGAUUAUGUAUUUUCAGUGUCUGUGUACCAACUGCAACUUAUUUUCAAUAAAGAGUUAAAAAAUGAAUAGAAGCGGCCUGAAAAAAAAUUUGGUAAUACUUUAUUGAAUCAGAUGAGCACAAGGAACAAGGAAACUGCAGCAUCAGGCCAAAAGAGAUCUAUCGCCUCGAGGAAACUUAGAGCAGCACCUGCCUGCUGGGAACUACAUAUCUGCUAACAGAAAUUAACUGAAAAAUCGAGGGAAGACGUAAGAUCCUCCUGCAGAGAACGUGCGUUUUGCUACCCCUGGGCAUUACAGACCCAAAUCAAAUCUCAGCCUGCUGCACUCCAAGCGGGACCAGGGGAGCCUCAGUACCUGUCAGGGAUUGGUGUGGGGAAAUAAUCCUUCCCCUCAUCCCUGGUUCAGAGGGGGGCAGCCUGGCCCUGGGGCCAAAUACAACACGGUCAGGUAUUCAGGAGUCUAAAUGACUUUGAAAAGAAACCAAAAGCACUUUGCAGCCUGAGAGCAAGCAAAAAUAAAAAGUGUAAGGCAAGGAAAAGGUUCUGUAGCCAAGGGCUAGCUUGUCAGUAAUACCCCAAGCUCAAUUUCCAUAGAAAUGAUACUUAUAUAAAAGCAGUGUUUUCUCACUAAAACUCACAUAAAUUAAAUGUCAGCUUUAUUCCCACGUUAAAAAUAACAAAACCUGGUCUGCCAGGAUGGGAGAGAACCAGACGCUGAACUCCAGCCAGGGGAGGACUCUUGUCCCUCCAUCCCAUCACCGCUGCUGCCGGGGAGUCACUGCAAACAAUUAGGGUUCCCCUCACCCCCCCGAGGGGGGAUUGAGUGCUGCGGGGCAACACCAGCAAAGCCCCUUCGGAGGGGAAGCGGCUGUGAACGCUCCGCAGAGUCUGAACAGACUCUCCUGGGUAGGGCAGACCACUGGAGAAACGCACGUAAAGGCACUGCAGAGAAACACACUCAGGGAUCAGCAGCAUUUAAUGUCCCAGUACGCUGUCAGCUGGAGCUACCACCGUUAAUACACCCAAGAAGUUAGAAACAUGGCAGUCAUUAAAUAAAAUUACUGUGAAGUGUGCUUUACGGAAAGUAAAGCCUUACUGUUGUUAUUCUACAUGCAGUGCUACAAAAUGUUUCUUUAUAAGGAACACGUUACAUAAAAGGUCAGAGGCAACUUCAAAUCUCACGUUCAAAUAAUCGCACAGAUCAGUCCAAUUCUUCAAGUAGUAGAAUUAAUUCCGCUUUCAGACAGGAAUUUUGCUGUAGGAGCAGCCCAAUGUUGACAGACACACAGCUGUAACGGUCUUACUCACCAGUGAGUAGCAUCUUUUCUGCACCUUUGUAGCCCUGACUACUGUGAUCUUUGUGGUCACAGAAAUACCACCAAAAAAAAAAAAAAAAUU